AUGGUAUCUGCAGCUAGUGACACCCCAAAUCUCACAGCCCAAACCCCAAGUGAUUCCAUACGAAAUCCCACCCCAAAUUAUCCCUCCAAAAUAAAUAUUUCCGAAUCCCACAGCGGCAUCUUCCCGUGGCUGGGGAUUUUCCGUCUCACCCUCUUUGCUCCCUCUCAACACUCUCUCGAAACGGCCCUCGUAAAAAAGAAGGCAGAACCCCGCCAGACUCGGACGGGCCCGGCCGGCCGUCGUCUCGGGGCGCCACGCUGGCCCCCGGAGAGGCGGGGCGGCUCGGCCGCGCGGGCAGCUGGGAGCGGGGGAGGGGCCGCCGGCGCCUCCUAUUGGCUGUCCGCGGUGCGCCCUGCCCCGCCCCCUCCUGGGUUUCCGUCGCGAAGGACGCGGCCGGCCCCGAGCCCUCGGGAGGGCGGCGCGCGCCCCCGCCCCGGCGCCUACCUAGAUAUGAAAAUUCAUCUAGAAAAAAAUUUAGAAGAAGAACGCCAAAUAUUACUGCAGCAACAGAAAAUAUGUCGAAAUCGAGCACGUAAAUAUUUUGUGGAGUCAAACCGGAGAAAAAAAGCUUUUGAAGAAAAACGAAAAGAACAUGAAGAAAGGGAACACCAAAUUAGAGAACAAAUACUUCAACAAAGAAAACAGAAAUUUGAAGAAGUUACUGAAAAAUUUCAGCGUGCUCAUAUUCCUCUUUCACAACGGAGGAGGGCAGUUUUUCACAGAUCGGUUCCUCCGUUAGAAGAAGCCCUCAAACAAAUUCAAGAAUCCAACUUGAAAUCAGAAAACCUUCCCUUUUCUCACAGACCAACAAUAAAUUGGAGAACUAUAGAUUGUACUUCACCUUCAGCAUUGUCAAAAAAUGAUCCCAGGCAUCGUAAACAUCUUUUGUCCAAAACCAACUGGGAUAUAGAAAUGAAGGAAAACAACAUGGUAAACCUGGCUACAAACAAAAAUGUGUUCCAGUUUAAGCUGGAGGAAACACAGAAACUCCUCGAAGAUCAGCAUUUAAGCAGCUUUCAAAGAUUUUGUGAUGAAGUUAAGCAGAUAACCAAUUCUGAAACCCUUUCAAGUAUAGACAGUCUGGAGGUGGGAGAGCAUGAAGAACUGUAUUUUGCACUUAAAGAGGAACCUUCAGCGGUCCAGCAGAAUGCUGUGUCUCUCAAUUCAGCAAAUCUGCAGUCAGCUGAUCUAAAUCACCUUGAUGAGGAUGAACUGUCCUUCUCGAAAACUCAGCAUAUAAAUAACUGGCUUUCAAAUUUAGAUGCCCAAAAUGCUCAGUCUGUCCCACCUUGUGCAGAUGUUUUAAGUAAACCUAGUAUUUUGUCUUCAUGGGGACAUUUUAAUAGUCAAGAACAAAAUCAGUCCACUUUAAGCAAAACUGUAGAAAGAGCCACAAGUACUGCUAAUAACUCAGUAGCUUUUGUAUAUAGUCCACCUGUAGUAGUACUAAGUAAAAAAACUGAGAAAAACUCUGAAAUUAGCACUCUGAAGACAAAUGACUUCACUUCCAGAGCACUUAAAAGUGGGGAGCUAUUAGUUACUGAGACCCCAGCAUUUGCAUUCAACAAAGCCUGGGUCACUCCAGAUUCUCAAACUCAGGAGGUGGUUACAUUUCAAGACCAAGAGAAACAUUGUCAGUUAACUCAACAAAAUAGAACCACUGUAGUUCCUUCUUCAUUUGUACCAAUGGCACCACUUCCAGUCUCACCAUCCAGCAGACAGUCGGCUAGGCCGUUAGUGAAGAAUGCUGUCCAUAUAAAGGAAGUGGAUGCUGUACAGUGUUCUGAUGAGUUAGAAAAAUUAAAAGAUGUUAUAGAUGAAAAGAUGAAAUAUUUUAAUUGUGAGAAAAAAGAGUUGCCUUUAUUUUCUGACAGUUUUCAAGCUGCCCAUAUACCUCAACAUUCUGAUUCAAAAGAUAGAAAGCCAAAAAUAGCUGAAACAUCAACAUCAUUGCAUAAUGUAAUUUCUAAUUAUGACUUACUUGAUCAGCACAAGAAAAUGAAAUGCAACAUUCAUGAGAGAAAUGGUGUGAAGUUUCUUAAAAGUAUUUUAAAGAAAGAAUCUAAGUAUGAACAUGAUUAUUUCAAGACACUAUUUAUAAAACAAGGCUUCAAAUUCAGAAAUCAGAAAGCAGCAGCUAUCAGAGAUAGUAUUGAAUUAACAAAGGAAAAAGAAAAAGGCAUAGAAAUCCUAAAGACUACUAAAAAACUGAGGUGGUUUGAUGAAACUGUCGAGAAAGAAAGCAGUGCUGAAGACUCUCACUCGCUGAAGGCCGAAGGCCGGCCAGGAGCCCCUCAGCAGUGGUCUCAGCAGUUCUGUAUGAAAAGCCCUGCAGGCAGCAUCAGGACUAAUGAUCCUGGCUGUGCUGUAACUUCCGCUGAGAGAAAAAAGUCCGAGGAGGUCUCCAAAAACGUCUCGACAUCAGGAGGAUCUGGAAGAGAUCACGUGCCUUUGAACUGUUUUAUACCUUCGGAUUAUAACUUCACUAAGCAAGCCUGGUCAGUCUCCAAAGAAGAAAAUAUAAGCCCUGUAGAUAACAGUGACUCAAAAACUCAGAAAAGCAAUCCACAGAGAGGUGGAGCAAAAGUAAUUAGAAGAGCAGGAUCAGCAAAAGUCCUAUCAGGCGUUAUAGAUGCAAACAGAAAAGACCCUGUCACUCAGCCACAGUCUACAAGCAAAGCCAAUGCCUUUACACAAGCUCAGGGUAGAUUAAUCAUACCUCAUCCUCCUCCUAAACCUGUGUCAAAUAGUAAAAAUACUCAAAUGUCUCCGUGUCGAUCAGUAACGCCUCAGAAUUCUCAAAGCAUGGUUACACAUGACUGUUUUAAUUCCAGAUACAUGCUUCCCACAGAACACAACUUCAAUCAGUGGAACCGAGAGCGUAGCCCUCCGCUCUCGCAUGCCUGUUCUGACCUGGUCACUGUGAUACCGGCUUUACCAUCUUACUAUUCUUCUGAGUGCCAAACUCUAGCAAAGGCAGAUCAUGCAAACAGUACUCAGGUGGUUGCCCAGCAAGAUGGGACCUUGUACUGCACUCAGAGAACUCCUGUCUCGGAAGAAAGUUAUCAGGCUGUGACUCUUAACACUACUAAGCAAGAAUCUAUUCCCUCGUGGAAAAGAGGGAAUAAUGGCCUGCAGCAAACUGAGAGGGCCACUGAUUCUACGCUUAGAAGAAAACGAAUUGUUGAAAAUAAGCAGAGAAGCCUUUCAGACCAGAAAAGAAAGAACCCUGGAUCUGUAGCACAGAAGUUCAGUGGGCAAAUGCAUAAUUUUGGACAAACUGUCCAGCUAAGUUCAAGGGAGCCAAAACAAACCACAAGAGGUGCCGCUGAUGUCGAAGAAGUUUCAGAUAGUACUUCUGAGUUUUUGAUGGCUGAAAAUCUUGUGAACGUUUCGAUGCCCGAAGAUGAAAUUCUAACUGUGCUGAACAACAAGCAGCUCCAGAAGUCAGACCUGGCUUUCAGGCAGACCCAGCGGCUCGACCUCUGCGCACUCUCAGCUGAAGAGCAGAGAGUCCUGCAGUCCCUUGACCAGCUUGACAAGCGGCUGUUCUAUAUACAAGAAACCAUUUGCAAAAAUCCAUCCAUCAAAAAUAUGAUACAAAUAAUACCACUUUUGGUAUCUUCCAAGAGAGUGGAAGGCAUCACAUCACAGUGAUAGCGGAUACGGGUUUACAGCCGCACG